AUGACAAUCACGUAUUCCUGGAAAGCGGAGUCCCAUACGGACAAAGUCAAAGUCUCUUCCAAGGUCAUCCCCUUCCUCGACUUCCCAGUUAUUCAAAUCCACCUCCACGUCUCCAAAUUCGACUGGGAGGAGUCCGGUCAAAUGGUCGCCCACUUCCGACUCUUCCUCGAAAUUCCCGGGCAGAAAUCCAUCGUGUUCGAUCCGGCGCGGAAUGACGACGAUGUCUUCACCUACAACAUUCUCCUUCAAGUCAAGCUGUGCAACGGGAUCUACUCGACUUCAAGUUCCGCCGUUGCAGUGCAAACCAUCCCCGUCAAGGCGCAUUUCACUGUCAAGGAUGUCCUCGAUUAUAUCAUCGGUGUGAAGCAGCGCGAUCACUAUGAACUCGUUAAUGGUUUUGGAUGUCAGAGGUGGAAUGCGACUGUUCUUGCUGACUUCGCGGGAAAGGGGUGGGUGGGGAGAGAUGUGAAUGAUAUGGAGGCGGGACCGUUGAAGGUCCUUGUUGAUAGAGUUAGGAAUUUGUAUGGGGAUAUCAUGGUUUAUGACCCUCCUGGCCAUCCCGGCAGGUUCCUUCGUGAUGCGGUUUAUGCUUAG